UUUUUUUAACGAAAUUAGAACCGGACAAACACCUACUAUAUUUACAGAAAGCUGUAACCAAAAAAUUUAAACUGGUUACAGAUUACUGGAUUUAGUAGAUUGAAUUAAUAUAAACGCUAAUUUUAUAUAUGAUCGGUAAAUAAAAAAACAAGUGAAAAAAAAACCAAAAAUAUGGCAAAUAUAUUUGGUAACGCGACACAUCAUAAUGAAAUUGGACCUAUUACAUUUGAAAAAUUAGUCAGCACUGAACAACAUAAAUUAUUAGGAUGGAAUUUUCCUGUUGAAGAAUUACAUUUAGUUCAUCCACAUUGGCGAGGAUAUGCAGCGCCACCAUUUUUUUAUCAUUUAUUUAUGUUUAUCGUUUAUUUUUUUAUGAUGACAAUAUCAUCAUUAGGCAAUGGAUUAGUCGUUUUUAUAUUUUCAACGUCAAAAAAUUUACGAACACCAUCAAAUUUAUUCAUAUUAAAUUUGGCAAUAUUCGAUUUGGCGAUGAUGUUAGAAAUGCCAAUGUUUUUAGUAAAUUCUGCUGUAGAAUAUAUUGUUGGAUUUGAAAGUGCUUGUAAUAUUUAUGCAGCACUAGGUAGCAUUUCUGGACAAGGUGCUGCUAUAACAAAUGCUAUGAUAGCUUUUGAUAGAUACAGAACUAUAUCAAGUCCAAUUGAUGGUAGAUUAAAUUAUGUACAAGCAACAUUUUUAGUUAUAUUUACAUGGUUCUAUGCAACACCAUUUACAAUAUUCCCAUAUGUUCAUAUAUGGAAUAGAUAUAUUCCUGAAGGAUAUCUAACAACUUGUUCAUUUGAUUAUUUAACUGAAGAUAGUGAAACUAGGGUAUUUACAAUGACAUUAUUUAUUUGGGCUUAUGCAAUUCCAAUGUCUAUUAUUAUAAUAUGUUAUUUUAAAUUAUUUAUGAAGGUAAAAGAUCAUGAAGCAAUGUUAAAAGAACAAGCACGUAAAAUGAAUGUUAAAUCAUUAUCAGCUAAUCAAGUUAAAGAUACAAAUGUUGAAUUAAGAAUAGCUAAAGCAGCUGUUAGUAUUGUAAUAUUAUUUGUAUGUUCAUGGACCCCAUAUGCUUGGGUUGCAAUAACUGGUGCAUUCGGUGAUAGAACACUUUUAACACCAUCUGUUUCAAUGUUACCAGCUGUUGCUGCAAAAAUUGUCUCAUGUAUUGAUCCAUGGGUUUAUGCUGUUGCACAUCCAAAAUAUCGUGCUGAAUUAGAAAAACGUUUACCAUGGUUGGGUAUACGUGAAAAAGAAUUAACAGCACCAUCAAAAGAUAGUCAAUCAACGAAAUCAGCAGAUGCAGAAUCUGUUGUACAAAGUGAAGUUGCAUAAAAAAUAAUUGUUUAAAAAAUAAUUUUUUUUUUUUUUGAAGAACAACCCGAAAAUAAUUGCAAGAACUAAAAAUCGGAAACUAUUUUAGUUUAUUAUAGUGAAUCAGUCGAUAAAAAAAAAUAAAAUAUUUUAAUAUUUUUUCUUUUAAGUUUAAUUUUGACUUAUUUUUAUUUUAAGUAAAAAUUUUAUAUUAUGUAUAUAAAAUAUUUGUAAAAGCAAUGAACUAAAUAAGUUCCAAAAAAUACAAAAAAAUAAAGACAAUAUGGAAUCCUAUAAUAUUU